AACUAUAAAACUGAAAGUAGAGAGCAGGGGGCAGCCAAUGGAAAAAAAAAUGUGCACAGCAGCCAAUCCUCCUGCGGCGUUUUGUGUCUUUGCCCAACAGGAAAAUGUGUCUCAUGCAGAGGGGCGUUACCCAGUCUCCAAUGGGCGGGAGCCGGUGGAACGGAGGAACCAAUGGGUGCGAGACGUUGAGUGACAGCUGUCCAAUGGAGGCCCUCCGUGCUAGUACGGCUUGCGGCUUAAGCGCCGCCGCGGUCUGAGGAAUGUCAACUAUUCAACAUGGAGGCGGAGGUCGAUAAGCUGGAACUGAUGUUCCAGAAAGCUGAGUCUGAUCUGGAUUACAUUCAAUACAGGUUGGAAUAUGAAAUCAAGACUAAUCAUCCUGAUUCAGCAAGCGAGAAAAAUCCAGUUACACUCUUAAAGGAAUUGUCAGCAAUAAAGUCUCGAUAUCAAACUUUGUAUGCCCACUUUAAACCAGUUGCUGUUGAGCAGAAAGAGACUAAGAGCCGCAUAUGUGCUACUGUGAAUAAAACUAUGAAUGUGAUACAAAAACUACAGAAGCAAACAGACCUGGAGCUGUCACCACUGACUAAAGAAGAGAAAACUGCGGCAGAGCAAUUCAAAUCUCACAUGCCAGAUUUAUGAAGAAAUGGAUCUGGAAAGGAAACUAACAGAGAAGAGCUUAAUUCCAGAGAAAUUUAGGAAGAUGUUUUGUUAACCCUUGAUGUCUAGAGAUUGGGGGCUGGUGAAGGAGGUUUGGCUUCAAUGACUGGAUAAUGAUGUCUUUCAUGAGAGAGACUAUAAGGGCAGAUAAUAUAUGAAUAAAGUUCAGCCAAAAGGGUCAAAGGAGAAUAAAAUGAUUUAAAUAUAUGUAUACACGCAUGCACACACACACUUAGUCUUGCAAUUUCAGGCAAGAAAGUCUCAACACUAUUUUGCAUCUGUUUUCUUUUUCUAAGUCAUGAUAAUGUAGAUGUUCUGGUCUAUCAGAAAAGAAUGUUUAUGUACAUUUCAGUCAUUCAAUAUGUGGCUUUGGAAAUUAAAGUAUAGCUAAAAUAUUUGUAUUACACAUUAUAUAUAAUUUCAUUUUGUAAAUGUUGAUUGCGCAUGUGGCCACAUUAUUGUUGAGACUGCUUUUAUGUGACCUGUAGUCUCCCACAAAACCUAAAGUAAUAACCUGGCUUUUCUGUGAUAGCCACUUUUGCGUAUUUUUUUUCCCUAUUUCCCUUGCCUGCUAAUGUUGAGCAGCAUGAACUUGCUUUCUGAUGCUGUUUUAGACUGUCCCUGUUGUAUUUCAAUAAUACCUUUGUUUUCCUUCAGCCUUUAUUACUGUAAUUGUUCAUUCUACAUGAAAGCUAAGAAACUGAAAUUAGAAGAGCACUUACCUGCUACUUGCCAAUUUUGUGUGAGUGUGUUAUAUGUGUCAAUUUCCCUUUAAAAUAACUAUGUAUUUUAAAAUAACUAUUGGCAAUAAGGAAACUGUUCAAAGUAGAGGCAGAUCUUGAUACAAAUAUGUUAAUCACAGGGUUGUUUAUGAUAGCAAUGUACAUACACAUUUGGCUAGUACUAGGUGAAUAGGAAAAUAAAUCAUGUUGUAUGUAUACAAUAAGAGGUCAAGUUGCCAAUAAAUUAUUACUGUUAAUGUUCUGGGAAAUGCUGAAACUAUGCUAAGUGGGGGAGAGGGAAAGCAGGUAUUGCAGUUUUGUAAUGAAGAUUGGGCUUUGGAGUCAUAUCUGAGAUGUAAGUAGCAGGUUUUAAUUCUAGCUAUGACCCUGGGCAGAUCACUUAACUUUUGAGUGUCAGAAUGUUUGGAAGGCAAGACAGUAAAGUGUUUUAAUACAGGGUUCAGUAUUUAGUAAGCCUUCAAUAAGUGAUAUUACAUACAUGUAAUAAAAACUAAGCAUUGAAAGGACUAGGAAAAAUGUAUCAAAUGUUAGUUCUCUGCAGGUUAUAGAAUUAUACUUUUACGUAAUUUUAAAAUUUCAGUUAUGAGCAUGUUUGUCCAUUAACAAACUUACAAUAGCUGAAAAACAGGGUUGUGAGAACAGCUUCACUUAAAAUUGUCUUGUCUAGUUUGAGUAUUUCAAGAACAGAAAGCUUCCUUUUUUUUUUUUUUUUUGAGACGGAGUCUCACUCUGUCGCUCAGGCUGGAGUGCAGUGGUACGCUCUUAGUUCAAUGCAACCUCCGCCUCCCAGGUUCAAGCAGUUCUCUGCCCCACCCUCCCGAGUAGCUGGAAUGACAGGUGCCUGCCACCACGCCUGGCUAAUUUUUUGUAUUUUUAGUACAGAUGGGUUUUCACCAUCUUGGCCAGGCUCGUCUUGAACUCCUGAUGGUGAUCCACCCACCUCAGCCUCGCAAAGUGCUAGGAUUACAGGCGUAAGCUACCAUGCCCAGCUGCCUUUUUUUUAAUUACAGAGAAGUAAGUUACACCUUAGUAUCAGAUAUUAAUUUUCUUCAGUGUUCAGGCAAUUAGUAUUUAGAAAGUUCUUGUCAUGAGAUGGCUCUGGGAUGUGAUAAUGAUUGUUGGGAUUGAAAAAAUGGUAGUAUCAUGGAGAGAUCAUAAUAAAUUCUUAUUAUAAUAGUAUUAAAAGUGGUUUUGCUUUCAGUUAGGGAGAAAAAUUAGAUUGUACUAUUUUUCCUCUAUGAUUUCCUUCAGUUAUCUUCCAAAUGUUAUUUUUCCCCCACAGCCCCCUUAACAUUGUUCUCUAUGCACUUCUCAAUACAUUUUCAUUUGUUUUUCAAGCCUCUUUGUGGAUGACUCCUAAAUACAACUUCUUCCUCUAGCUCUAGAUCCAUAUUUCCAAUAAAAUCCCCUACCUGAAUAUUGAAAUUAAACAUGUCCAGAAUACUUACUGAUUUUACUGUUAAUAGCCACUAUUCUGUUGUUUGGAAUUAAAAUCUGUAUAACUAAUUUGCAUCCCUUUAUCUUCUUAGUCAAUAAAACCUACAAUUCUCUCUCUAAAA